ACAUUAUUGCAAUUUUUUAAGGAAAUGAUCAGCUCCUGCAUUUUGAAAUUUUAACCAAUGCAAAAACACUCAUAUUGCAAGCAGAACUGGAAUAUGACUUGUAAGGUGCAUUGUCUCCGAGGCAGUAGAAAUGGAGAGGACUCCACCCUGAUGACAUUAACCACACCCCAUGAAAGCAGCUGGUUAUAGUCAGGAGGAGUCUACAUGGAACGCUGUCAUUCAGGAGUUGCCUGCCCAGUGGACUGCUGCUUUUCUACUGACCUAUGCACAUUGGAAUACUGAGCCACGUUUUUCCCCGAUACUCACUCUCUCUCUCUUCCUUCUCAUCCGGGGGAAGGAAUUCUGGCAAAGCUGUUGAGGGGAACUUUCUUCCCAUUCUUCCUCUCUUUGCUGUUUAGUCUGCAGUGGUGGGGACAGACAUUGAUAUCUGAGUUUGUGUGAAUGUGUGGAGUGUACAGAAAGGGACACUGAAAAAGGAGCCAUGCUGCGAAAUGGCACGGCCGGUGCUGCCCGCACCACCACCACCACCACCACCAAUAUAACGGACCUCAAUGAGAGGGGAAUUAGGCGUCUCAGGCUCACACUGCGACCUGAGGACAAUCCUAAAACUCAAAAUGAAAGUGCAAAGAUUGAUGAAAAAUUGGUCAAUGGUACCUGGAAAAGGAAAAAUGUUCUCAUGCAGAGAGAGAGACCACCUGGUAGAGAAUCAUCUGAACAGGAAGACAAGCGUCCUGUAUCCAAUGGCAUCAUUAAUAGCCAGCCUGCUCAGCAAGGGCCCAGAGUCUAUGGCGUGGUGCAGAGCACAAGCCCCAGCCACCAACAGGAAGUGAUGGCACGCGAGUGGUCUGUCAAUCACCUAAGGGAUGAAAUGAGCUACAUCAGAGAGGUACGUGACUCUUUGGAAAAAGUCAGAGAGAGAAUGUAUGGCCAGUUCGGAGGGAUGCAACAGUCAAUGCAAAAAUUAUCUCAGGAAUUAAGGGUGGCCAAUGCUCAUAAGCGCCACCUAGAGUCAGAGGUGAGGACGAGGAGUUCAGCUAUGGACAGCUUUGACCAGAUGAACAGCUCUCUCAUAUCAGCAAACAUUGAUCUGCAGAAAUCAUUGCUGGAAAACUGUCAAAACCGAGUGGGAAACUUGGGUGAGAUGAAAUCGCUCCGUAGCUCCCUGGAGAAGACUGAAGACAAACUGAGAGAGACGGAGAGAAAACUAGCAGCAGCACAAGCUGAAAAUCGGUCUCUGAAAAAUCAGGUGGAGACGUCUCAGGAAGCCAAAACUCAGGCAUUGAAGGAGCUGAGUGCUAAGCUUCAGAAGGAAUAUGAGGAACAGCUGCGGGAACAACAGAAGAAAUAUGUAGAAGAGAUAGAAGCUCUGCAGGCACAGCUGGACGACUACAUGAGGAGGCUUGAAGAAGCAGAGAAAAAUGUUAAAAUAGCUGAAGCCAAGAUCGCUGAAAGGGACCAAAGAAUCAUAGAGGUGGAGCGGCUACUGAGCUGUAUGGCUCAGGAGAAGGGUGACCUCAUUAAAAAACUAUGUGACUGUGAACAACGCUUGCGUGGUUUGGACCAAGUUGACCAUGCAGACAAAGCAGUGGCUAAACAAUCUGAGCAGCUAAAGGGGGAAGCGGCAGAACUGAAAGAAAGAAUAAAGCAUCUCAAUGAUAUGGUGUUUUCUCAGCAGAGAAAGGUCAAAACUAUGAUAGAAGAGGUUGAAACACUAAGAGGUCAAGUUGCACAGAAGGACAUGUUCAUCACUGAGCUGCUGGACAGGAUUGCCAUUGUUGAGUGUGAGAAUAAUGAGUUAGAAGACAAGUUGAAGUAUUUUAUGUCUAUACAGAGAGCAUCUGAAACUAAAGUAUCCACCAGAGAAAUUGGAGUUGGUUGUGACCUACCCAUUAGAUCUGAGGAGAAGCCGUAUGUAGCUCCUGUCCAACCCAGUUCUUUCCAAUCAUCUCCAAGAGUCAGCAGACUGACCAGUAGUCUCCUUAAAUAUACUCCUGGACAAUACUCCUCAAUGCUGCGGUCCAGUACAACAAAUACACAGGACAGUAUGACAAGCACCACGCAAACUACACUAGAAACCUCAAGUUAUGUUCAGACCAGUUAUGAGAAUGAGUCAGAGUCUAUACGAUCUCCAACCUCCCCAACCUCAGAACUGUCCAUCUCUCCCAUGAGUCCUAGACCGAGAACCCGCUCAUCUCAGCUCAACACUCCGUUUAUGAGGCUGAUGGAGAUUACUCCAAAUAUUAACAUUGAAUAAACGAAAUGAGGCCGAUGCUCUUGAACAUAAAGUAUUCUUGUUUUGUUACUGCUCAUGUAGUAACAUUAGUGUAUGUAAAUUGCCUGUUGAUCUGUGAAUAACUUAUUUUCAAGUGUAUGUUGAUGCAUUCUGUUUUGCUUUAUGUACAAUGUAGUACAGGUAGGUGUUUUAUGUGAUGAAAUAGCUCUUUAUAUAUUACAAUUGUAUAUUUAUAUUUUCUUUUUUGAGCCCAUUUUGAUUAGCUUAUUUUCUAAACUGUAUUACCCAGAUAUUAUUUUGUUAUAAAAGUAAAGUCAAUAGGCUUUAUGAGGGGUUUUUUUUAAGAAAAGGAAUGAUGGUAGUUCUUUAACUGUGAUCAAAGCUUAAAACAUAUUAAGCUGUAAUAUUUUGAAACUUCAUUAAAACAUCAACUUUAUUAGUACAAGGAGAGCAGUUUACAUAACUGGACUUUUACUCUCUGUUGUUGCACUUUCCCUUUGGAGUCACUUAGGCGCCACCAACUACAUUUUCUUUACUUUUGUAGCUCUAUUAAACUUGAAAAGAAAAGAAAAUGUGUUAUAUUAUUCACUAUACACUUAAGUACCUCUAAUAAAGGUAAAUCUGAUUUUUCAGA